AAAAUCAAGACGAAACCGAUCUUUUUAUAUCAGAAGAAAUGUCUUCCCGUAGGGUGGUAAUAACAGGUUUAGGCUUAGUUACACCUUUAUCAACUGGUGUAAAAUCAUCAUGGAAAAAAUUAAUCAAUAGCGAAUGUGGUAUAAUAUCUUUAAAAUCAAGUACUCUUGAAGAAAAAGAGGAGGGAAAAUUUAAUGAGUUAUCAUCAACUGUUGCUGGAAAGGUAAAACCAGGAAAAUAUGAUGAAGGAGGAUUUGAUCCAAAAGAAUGGUUAGAUCCUGGGGAUGAAAGAAAAAUGGCUUUAUUUACUCAAUAUGCAAUUUGCGCAGCUAAACAAGCUUUGAAUGAUGCUGAAUGGGCACCAACAUCAGAUUUUGAAAAAGAGCGAACUGGACCAAAUCACGCAGUAUCUACAGCAUGUACAACUGGGGCACAUGCUAUUGGUGACGCAAGUAGAUUUAUUCAAUUUGGAGAUGCGGAUGUUAUGAUUGCCGGUGGAUCAGAAGCUUGUGUAUUACCUUUAACUAUCGCAGGAUUUGCAAAAGCAAAAUCAUUAGCCACUAAGUAUAAUGAUAGGCCAGAAGAGGCUUCAAGACCAUUUGAUCGAGAUCGAGAUGGAUUUGUCAUUAGUGAAGGUGCUGGAGUCGUUUUACUUGAGGAAUAUAAUCAUGCGAAAAAUAGAGGUGCACGCAUGUAUGCUGAAAUUCGAGGUUAUGGAUUAUCAGGCGAUGCAUAUCAUAUGACAGCUCCAUUAGAAAAUGGAGCUGGAGCAGAAUUAGCUAUGCGAAGAGCAUUAAACAAUGCUAAAUUGUCUCCAAAAGAUAUUGAUUAUAUUAAUGCCCAUGCUACAUCAACCUUAUUAGGGGAUAUUGCUGAAAAUCGAGCAAUCAAGUCCAUUUUUGAAUCAUCAAGUGCAUCUCACAAAUUAGCAGUAUCAUCGAGCAAAGGUUCCAUAGGACACUUAUUAGGAGCUGCUGGUGCUGCUGAAGGCAUAUUUACUAUUUUGGCAUUAUAUAAUAAUAUUCUUCCACCAACUCUAAAUCUCUACAAUCCUGGCGAUCCAGCAUCAGAUUUUUUAUCUUUUAAUUACGUCCCAUUAGAUGCGCAGCAACAUCCUG